AUGGAGUACAAGAUCAAGACUCUGUUCAAGCAGCAGCAGGACUUGAUCAACGUCCUCACCAAGCCCAACAAAUUCCUCAUCGUCGAGGAAUACCAACUCACCAGACCCUGCAGAGUUGCUGCUAUGGUCAUGCAGGUUUGCGUCAACGUUGCUGCCAUGAAGAAGGUGAUCCCUCCUGUCGGAGUGGAUGAGGAUGAGUUUGAAAACGGUGUGCUCUGCCGCCCCUACGUCCUCAUGAUCUUCCCCGACCAGGAUAUCGACCCCAGCAUUCCUAUGGACGUUGCUACUCUCUCACACUGGACUCACGUCGAGUUCUCGACCCCCGACAUCAGUGUGGACUUCCCCGGCGACGAGGCCUUCCGCAUGCUCAACACUGAGGUGAUCUUCUCCAGCAUGAAGAAGCUCAAGAAAUUCGUUGGUCAGAAAGCUAUCGAUCUUUCCCGCGUCCAGCGUAUCAUCAUCGACGAACCUCUCCACUUCGACAAGCCUGGCUUCGAGAGCUUUGCCAUGCUUCUUCGUCACCCCGAGUUGAAUCCCAAUGUCGAUCUUGCCAUCGUUGGCCACUCAUUCACCGAGUUCACCGAUGAAAACAUCAAGGAAAUCACCGACAACAACCUUCCCUCUAUGCGCCCUCACACCGUUGAGAGCCGCAAGGCCUCCGAGGCCGAGUGGGACGCUUAUGGCAGAUCCCUCUGA